AUGUCAAGGAUUGUUGUUCUGAAACUUGGUAUUAAGCUGUCUGAGUUUUCUGACACUGUUGUGACUGAGUUUGGUUUGUCUGAGUACAAGCAUAUCGCGAGUCUUAGUUAUUGGCGUGUGAACAGUGGCUCAUUCGUAACCGGUGUUAAAAGGUCGCCGGUGUUGCUCACAAGCAAUGGUGCCCUUGAUUUCUUUGUUAGUCAGUUGAGGGUGAACAAAUCUCUUACUUUGUUUGUGAAGUUCAACUCAUCUGCUAAACAAAGUUCUGAUGGUUUAUCUCAAUAA